AGUGAAAAUCAGAAGCUUCAGCAGCAACUUAAAGUAAUGACUGAACUGGAUCAAGAAAAUGGAGUGAAACUCUUUAGGAAAUUAAUAGUAGAGGAAAAAGACCAGUUAGAGAAGGAGGAGAAAUUUUCCAAAGUGGAAGAAAAGAUCAGCCAUGCAGCUGAAGAACUGGAGACCUGUAGAGGGCAAGCCAAAGUUGUGGAAGAAGAAUUGGAGAGGAGCAUUCGUUUUUAUCAAGGGCAGAUGACUUCCCAUGAGAAAAAACAACAUGAUAAUUGGUUGGCAGCUGAGACUGCUGAAAGACAACUCAGGUAUUUAAGGAAAGUAAACGUUUCUAAGAGGCAAAAAUUAGCUGAAAAAGAGUUUACGUUUGAACUUUUCAAAAAAGAUCCUUAUGCACUUGAUGUUCCAAAUACAGCAUUUGGAAGAGGCUCAAGAGGCCCAGAGAAUACUCUGGACCAUCAGAUGACCAAAGAAAGAGGAGAAACUGGCUGUGAUAGGUUAACUGAUUCUCAUGGAGCACCUUCUGGAUUCCUGUCACUUCCAUGGGAACAGCGCUUGAGGAUGAUGAUCCCUCCACCAGGCCAAUCAUGUUCUGAUCCAGCUCUUCUUCCCCCAAGGCAAGACAGAUUUUAUUCUACUCCCAGUAGACCAUCUGGACCAGCAGAACUUAGAAGUUUUAAUAUGCCUUCUUUGGAUAAAGUGCAUGGGCCGAAGUCUUCACAAAUGGAAUUCAGUAGAAAUGAUACCAAAGACGACCUUUGUCAUGUAAAUGUGCCUAAUUCAUCUGGACCUUCUGAAACUGAAGCACCUGGCCCUGGCUUUGUUCCUCCACCUUUUCCUGCAAUCAGAGGUCCAGUGUUUCCAGGGGAUAUGAGGGGUCCGUUCAUGAGAAGAGAUCCUCCUUUUCCUCCACCUCCUAGAGGAAGCAUGUAUGGAGCUCCUCGCAAUUAUUUUCUACCAAAGGUUUUCCCUGUUCAGCCACCACCUCCAUUUGCAAUGAGAAGUGUCUAUUCACUGAGGGAUUUUCCACCUUGUGUUCCUCUAAGAGCUGGAUUUGAACGUCCACCCCCACAUUCUGAAAGUAGGGGU